CAACAACAACGCUCCGGGAUCUCAUGUUCGCCUGCAGAGCGACAGCACAAUGGCUAGUGGCAAGACGGGAAGCACAUAUUCGUCUCAACGAGCGGGCAAACCGACUAUGGCAGUGGAGCCCCAGUCUCCAGAUGAUGUAUACAUGAGUACGACGACGGAUGGCUCAGAUGCCGAGCCGUAUGUCGGGAACCAAAGGAAACGCCACCAAGACGGCGAACACUUGUUGUUUAACGAAGAUGGAUACGGCAAUGGCCUGCCUGGGCUUUUCGACGCCCCCGUGGAGGACGCUUCCCCACCAGCCUGGGCCACAUUUCGCAAGUCUCGUCAAGCACCACCCGCUUCGGUCCCUCGCAAACAGCCCCCAUCGCUGAAAUGGCGUUACGAGGAAGACGACGACUACUCGACCGUUUCCGAGUCUGAAAAGCAACCGGCUCAGCCCGCUGCAGCUGGAGGCAUCCUGUCCCCAGCUUACGACCCCGCGGAGGCAGAGAUGGAUGCCCGCUUGGACGCCAAGUUGGCCGUACAAUUACGAAAGGAGAUGAAGAGGCGGGAGAGAAUGAGCACAUCAUCCACACUGGCCGCCAGAAAGACUAGGAUGGACGGCCAGAAGAACGCGACCAAAGGAGAUUAUGAGCAAGGCCACGUUGCUGACGCGGAAGUGUAAGCAGCAUGAUGUUUACGAUGUUUUGGAUCAUUGAUGAUUGGACUACGAUUUCUUCACCAUGUACAAAUGGGCGUUUGUUUCUU